UCAUGUUUGGAUCGCUUCUACUGGGGAUUGCCACCUUGCUGGGCGCGAUCUAUGCCUUUCUGGUCUCGAACUUUGGCCACUGGCGGCGUCGCGGAGUCACAGAACCCAGAGCCCUGCCGCUCUUCGGUUCCUUUCCCAACAUGAUUUGGCCACGCCAGCACUUCACCAUGGACAUGCGCGAUAUCUAUAUGCAUUACAGGAAUACCCAUAGCUAUGUGGGCUGCUACCUGUUGCGUGCACCCAAGCUGCUCGUCCUGGAACCACGCCUUGUGUACGAGAUCUAUGUGAGCGCGUUCAGUCAUUUCGAGAACAACGAUGCCUCCAAGAUGGUGGACAUCGCCAAGGAUCGUUUGGUCGCCCUCAAUCCAUUCGUGCUCGAGGGCGAAGAGUGGCGCCACCAGCGGGCGGUCUUCUCCACUCUGCUGACCAACGGUCGCAUCCGCACCACCCAUGCCAUCAUGCAGCGUGUCUGUCUGGAUCUCUGUCAGUUCAUUGCGAUAAAGUCGGCUGGAGGCAAGGAUCUGGACUGCAUUGAUCUGGGUCUUCGCUUCACGGGUGAAUCGCUGUUUGACUGCGUCCUGGGCAUCCAAGCGCGCACCUUCACCGACAAUCCACUGCCGGUUGUGCGGCAAAACCACGAGAUGUCCGCCGAGAAUCGCGGAUUGGCCAUUGCCGGCGCCGUCCAUGGCCUCUUCCCGAAUCUUCCGCGCUGGCUGCGUCCCAAGGUCUUUCCCCGUUCCCACGAUCGAUUCUACGGCCAGAUGAUUAGCGAAGCUCUGCGCCUGCGUCGUUCCAAGCACCAGGAACGCAACGACUUCAUCAACCAUCUGCUCGAGAUGCAGAGGGAACUGGAUCUCAGCGAGGAGGACAUGGCCUCGCAUGCCAUGACCUUCAUGUUCGACGGCCUGGACACCACCUCCAAUAGCAUUGCCCAUUGUCUUCUGCUGCUUGGUCGUAAUCCAGAUUGCCAGCGGCGUUUGUACGAGGAACUCCAGUUGGUCAAUCCCGGUGGUUAUCUGCCCGAUCUGGAUGCACUGAUAGAUCUGCCCUAUCUGAGUGCCUGCUUUAAUGAAAGCCUACGAAUCUAUCCGGCUGGCGGCUGGGCAUCAAAGACCUGCACAAAGGAGUACGAACUUCGGGGUAGCCAUCACUCGGAACCUCUGAAGCUGAGGCCUGGCGACCAUGUGAUGGUGCCCAUCUACGCUCUGCACAAUGAUCCGGAUCUGUAUCCGGAACCGGAUGUUUUCCGGCCCGAAAGAUUCCUCGACGGCGGUCUGAAAAACUGCAAACAGCAGGGCAUCUUUCUGGGAUUCGGAAACGGGCCACGCCAGUGUGUCGGGAUGCGAUUGGGUCUGGCCAUGGCCAAAGCCGCACUGGCUGCCAUUGUCCAGCGAUUCGAGGUCGUGGUCAGUCCACGGACACUCAACGGCACAGAGUUAGAUCCCCUGAUCUUUGUGGGCGUUCACAAGGGCGGCAUUUGGCUGCAGUUCGUUCCACGGAAAAAUGUGACUACGAAAUAAAUGGAUCGAUUAGGAAGCUCGAGAAAGAAGUUGCAGCACUGGAGAUCUAAGAAACAAACAGAAGGGGUUAAGCUUUAGAAGGGGUUAAGUGCCAGAAUAUUUAAACAACUGAAACCUUUUAGAAUGUUGCAAAAUAUAAUAUUGU